UCAUUUAUACAACCCCAGUGUUGCAAAUCUGUCCCAAAGUCAUUGUGUUGAUUUUGGCUGUUGUGCUUUUGGGGUCUUCAAAUCUGUGUUGGUUUCAAGUAUCUGGAUCAUAUGGGGCUGGAACAAUAAUGAUUUCCAUGUCAUGAUUUCAAAGGCGAUUAGGUGCAGGGCGGCGGUGGCCUGGGGGCCCAACAGACCCUUGGUCAUGGAGGAGAUCGAGGUCGCGCCACCCGAGGCUCACGAGAUCCGCAUCAAGAUUGUUGCAACUGCGGUUUGCCACACAGACCUGUACUUCCUCCGCGAGCGUGGCAGGGGGGAGGGGUUUCCUGCCGUGCUGGGCCACGAGGGGGCGGGGACUGUGGAGAGUGUGGGGCCAGGAGUGACCAGGUUUAAACCAGGAGACACGGUCGUUCCUCUUUUUGUGUCUCAGUGCCGGGAGUGCCGAUUCUGCCGGAAUCCCAACACCAAUCAGUGUGACCAGAGCUGGUCGAGCCAGAGGCCAGGUAAAAGGCUGGAGGUGAGCUCGGACACCACGUCCAGACUGAAGUGCAGAGGCCAGACCCUGCUUCAGUACAUGGGCACCAGCACCUUCUCCGAGUACACCGUCGUCAAGGAAAUUGCAGUUGCCAAGAUCCCGGACUCGGCCCCGCUGGACAAAGCCUGUCUGCUGGGCUGUGGCGUUGCCACGGGCUACGGAGCGGCUCUCAACACAGCGAAGGUGGAGCCUGGCUCUACGUGCGCGGUGUUCGGUUUGGGGGCCGUAGGUUUGGCGGCGGUGAUGGGCUGUAAAGCGGCGGGAGCUUCCAGGAUCUUCGCUGUGGACCUAAACAAGGACAAGUUCCCCAAGGCCCGAGCGCUCGGGGCAACCGACUUCGUGAACCCCAAGGACCACGACAAGCCCAUCAGCCAGGUGCUGGCGGAGAUGACCGACGGAGGGGUGGACUUCGCCCUGGAGUGUGUCGGCAACGUGGACGUGAUGAGAAGUGCUCUGGAGUCCUGUGUGAAAGGUUGGGGUGUCAGUGUGCUGACGGGGUACAAUGACAGUCAGGACGUGUCCACUCGAUGUGUACAAUUUCUUGCCGGACGGACUUUGAAGGGGUCACUGUUUGGUGGCUACAAGAGUGUGGAUAGCGUGCCCAAGCUAGUCAGUGAUGUCAUGAGCGGGAAGCUGCAACUGGAUGAGUUUGUGACCAAAACCCUUCCCCUGGACCAAAUUAACGAAGCUUUUGACCUCAUGGCCAACAGUGAAGGAAUUAGGACAGUGCUGACCGUUUCAAUGCUGUGAGCCAAAACAGGAAGCGUAUUUGGUUUGAUGAGAAGAUGCUCAAAAUCUAACAGAAUAUAUGACAAUAACACAGAUUGGCUAUC